CUACUCUUGCUUCCACAACCUCCAUUCAGACCAUUGUAUUACACAUUGGUUAUCAUGGACCUCUGUAAGGCUCUACCUGGGGCAUUUCCUGCCGUCGUAGCUGGAGCUGUCCGUGCUCUUUUCGAGAAGAUUGCUGAUUUAGAUAUGGAGUGCCGCAAUCGACUCAUCCUCUGGUUUUCCCACCAUUUGUCAAACUUCCAGUUCAUCUGGCCAUGGGAAGAAUGGGCUUAUGUUCUUAACCUUCCUAAAUGGGCGCCCCAGCGUGUGUUUGUCCAGGAAGUUUUGGAGAGAGAAGUGCGUCUCUCAUACUGGGAAAAGGUUAAGCAGAGCAUUGAGAACGCACCUGCUUUAGAAGAGUUGCUUCCGCCCAAAGGCAGUCCUAACUUCAAGUACAGCGUCGAAGAUGGAAGAGAGAAAACAGAAUAUCAUGCAAUCUCUGCAGAGCUCAGCAACAAGGUGAAGGGGAGGGCAACUGCCCGAGAAGUAAUCGCUUGGAUUGAGGAAACGGUUUUACCCGCCCAUGGCUUUGAGUCGACACUUUCAGUGAUUGUACAAAUUCUUCUUGACAUUGGUUCUAAGAGCUUCACACACUUGAUUACUGUUCUGGAGAGGUAUGGCCAAGUCAUCACACGACUCUGUCCAGAUCUCGAGAAGCAGAUCUUGCUGAUUGCUGAAGUGAGUUCCUACUGGGAGAACAGCACCCAGAUGACAGCCUUAGCAAUCGAUCGUAUGAUGGGAUAUCGCCUGCUAUCUAAUUUGGCUAUCAUUAAAUGGGUCUUUUCUCCACCGAAUAUAGAGCAAUUUCAUAUCUCUGAUCGCCCAUGGGAGAUUCUGGGGAAUGCAAUUAGCAAAACCUAUAACCGUAUGUCGGAUUUGAGGAAGGAGGUUUUGUCUCUCAAGAAGAAUGUUCUAGUUGCUGAAGAAGCUGCAGCCAGGGCAAAAGCAGAGUUAGAUGCUUCCGAGUCUAAGCUUACUUUGAUGAAUGGAGAGCCCGUUAUGGGUAAUAGCCCUGUGAAGAUGAAGCGCUUGAAAUCGCAUGCUGACAAAGCCAAAUAAGAGGAAGAAUCUGUGCGGGAUUCUUUGGUCACUAAGGAGGCUCUGCUUGCUCGAGCCACAGUUGAAAAUGAGGUAAUAACAUCAUUUGAAAGAUUAAUAACCUUCUCUUCCCACUUUCAUCUGACCUACUAAUGCUGGUACUGGACAUUCUUUGCCAACCAUGAUUGGCGAUUUAGGAACUGUUCCUUGCUCUGUACAAAAACUUCUCCAGUGUGCUGAAAGAGAGGCUGCCCGGUGCAUCUAAAGCUCAAACAAUAUGAGACUUGAAGUCAGCACAAGCCGACGGGAUGGCUGUUGAUACUGAUCAGCCAUCCACCAUGGAAGUAAAUGAUGAGAAUGGGGGAACUAAGAAAAGGUCAGUUUUCCCUUCCAAGCAUUCAUUUUCCUUUAGACGAUUGCAUUUGUGAAUCAAAUAAUUUGACUGGGCGUCUUUCUCUUGUACUCUUAGCAGCCCGUCGAAUGGUGAGGGCGGGAGCAGCAGCAACAUCUACAACAUUGGUGAUAAGGAGCAGUGGUGCUUAUCAAUUCUAGGGUACAUCAAGUCCUUCUCCAGGCAAUACGCCUCCGAGGUAAAAUAUGACCAGCCCCUUCCUUUUUACGCUUUAUUUUCACUCGUAUGCAAAAUUCUGAUUCUGCAUAUGUUACUGUGCUGCUUUCCUUGGCUUGUCACCAUGGUCUCUCCCCAGUUUUCUCAUUGCCUAAGAAUCCAAUUUAACAAAAACCAGUGUUGUUAGUGCCACUGCCCAACUAUGAGGAACACAAAACCCUAAUCUACUCUGUUUUUGUUUGGUAGCUUUGGUCGCACAUCGAGAAGUUAGACGAUGAGGUUCUCACCCAAGACAUCCACCACCUUUUACGAAGAGCUGUAUAUUCCAGUUUGCGACGACCGAACGAGCUUUCAUCUGGAUGAAGCUUAAUUGGAUCUCUUUGCUAUAAGUGUAACCAUACUACUGUACCGUGAACGUUAGAAAAAUAUGUCGAUAGUUGAGUUUGUCAAAGAGCCCUGAAUUCAAGCUUUUGAGCUCUUCUGUUGAUUGAUCAGGCUUAACAGCUUGCACCUGCUUUAUAAACCUGCAUUUUGUGUUUCUUUUGUUGGUAAAAUGUGUGCAAGCACCGUUAUCUUUUAAGCAUUAGUUGUGCAGUCUAAAAAGCUAUCAAUAAAACAGUACACCAGUCAAUCUCUAACAUAAGGACUGGAGAGACUAAAUGUGACUGACUCAAAAUGUUAUCCUUAUGACUUAUGAGUCAAAUAAUAGGAGUAUGCCUAACCUCUCAAUCUCUACUUUGCAAAACUUGAAAUGCUAACAUAGUGUUUGCAUGCUAGGGGUCUGUGCAUCAGUCCUCGAGUCCAAUUGAAGCUUGAUUUUCUAAAGGGUAGUAGUAUUCUAUGCCAUCUUCAUACCCUUGAGUGUGCCUCACUAAUAGAAACUCGUAUUUUGG